AAUAGCAAAUAUAAAAUAAGAAAUGCGUAGAGUAGUAGUAACAGGGAUGGGAAUGGUAAGUCCAUUAGGUUUAAAUGUAACUGAAUCAUGGAAUAACUUACUUUUAGGAAGAAGUGGUGUAGUGAAAGUACGAGAAAGAAAUAAAGAUUUACCUGAUGUUUAUAUGGGAUUGAUACCAUAAUAAUUUGAUAGUAAAGCAUACUAGGUAGAAUAUUGUCCAAGUAAUUUAACAUCAUAUGCAAUGUGUGCUGCAUAAGAAGCUAUAUCAGAUUCGAGUGUAUUGAAUGAUUGUGAUCCUGAUCGAAUUGUAAUUUGAUCAAAUUUAACAUAAUAGGGUGUAAAUAUUGGAGUAAUGAAUUCAAGUAUGACAAAGAUAACAGAAAUCAUAAGUAAUGCAGCAGUGAAAGGAAAUAGUAGAAUAAAUCCAUUUACAAUGCUUUAUGUAUUAUCUAAUAUGCCAACUGCAUUAUUAACAAUUAAAUAUAAACUUAAAGGUCCAAGUAGUACAGCAUCUACAGCAUGUGCAACAGGAGCUUCUGCUAUAGGAGAUUCUUAUAGAAAAAUUAAGUAUGGAGAUGCUGAUAUAAUGAUUGCUGGGGGAACAGAAGAUACUUUCAAUACUACAGCUAUUCAUGCUUCAAUCAAAAUGUAAGCUAUGUCAACAAAAAUUUAUGAUGAUCCUACUAGAGCUUCAAGACCUUUUGAUGAGGAUAGAUCAGGAUUCUUAUUGGCUGAAGGUAGUGGAGUAUUGGUACUUGAAGAAUAUGAAAGAGCAAAAAGAAGAGGAGCAAAAAUAUAUGCUGAGAUUUUAGGAUAUGGAGAAAGCAGUGAUGCUUUUCAUUUGACAAGGCCUUAAGAUAAUGGAGAAGGUGGAAAAGCCGCUAUGUAAAAAGCAAUGAAAGAAGCUGAUAUUAAUGAUGUUGAUCUUAUUAAUUGUCAUGCUACUUCUACAAAAGGUGGUGAUAUUGCAGAAGCUAGAGCUAUUGCUGACUCUAAAGCUAUUUUAGUUGCUAAUAAAAGUUAAUUAGGACAUACAUUUGGUGCUGCUGGUGCUAUUGAAUCAAUUUUCACUAUUAAAUCAAUUUAUGACUCUAUUGUUCCACCUACAAUUAAUCUUGAUAAACCAAUCAUCAGAGAAAAUCAAUUUUUUAGAGAAUCUACAGAAAAAACAUUGAAAUAUGCUCUGAAAAAUGCUUUUGGCUUUGGAGGUGUCAAUGUUUCUUUAGUAUUUGGCAAAAUGAAUUGA